GCAGGGCAAGCGCUGCAGAUUUAGGAUUUAAAACAUUUUACGAAUCAAAACAGGGCAUCGAUCUAAAACACUCGCUCCGACAGCAAUACAACAGAGGCGAGGAAGGAGUACUUUGGACGGUUUCCGGACUGGGCCCGGGCUUCUAGACUCGAUGUAGGUGGAGAGAGAGAGGGAGAGAGAGGCCCGUUGCGAAGCUUUGGCCGUAGACCGUGCGAGCGCAUCAGAAUGUCACCGUCCAUGCUCUCGGUGCUCCAUUGCCUGAUGGCGAUGGCUGGUGUUGGUGCCCGACCCUUCUUCCACAUCAUCACUGGUCACGGUCUGCGACAGCAGAUGUCGCUCGCUGGGCCGAGAAAUUUUCUUUACUCGCAAUUAGAAUUCGUCCAUCGCUUUCUGGAGCUAUGGGUCUACAUCCAAGCAGUAGAAUGCAGAGAGUCCUGACCAAAUUUGACUCUGCGGACUCUCUCUUCGAAGGCCCUGCAAGUCCUCUGAUCGUAGAUAGGAGAGUAGCUCAUGCAAUUAAAGGACCUGCUUCCCCAGUCGUCGUCAGAAUGUCGAGCAACAAAACCUCGUUCACCGAAGAGCUUCUGGUGCACAAUUCUGAUCAGUGAGUGGUUCAUGAGCUUGGCUUCUCUCGGUGGUCUGAUCGGUGAGCCACAGAUUACUUACUCGCUGCAGACAUGGAUCUCCGUACACGAACUCCGCAUGCUCUGCUCGUUCCUGCCCUGUGGCCGGGUCAUUUCACACCAUUUCUUCCCAUCAUGCGUAAGUUAGUUGAGCACAAUAUCAGUUUCACAAUCUGCACUACUCAGAAGCGUGUGGACGAGUUGAGAGAGUACGAGGCGGAUGGACAAUUUGGAAGCGUUACCACCGAGUUCCUGGCAAUUUUCAGAGAAGACAGUCCUCUUUUACGAGAUUCGGAGCAGUUGCCGGAACAUGACCUCCAAAAGCAGUUUCAGGCUCAUCUGGAUCAGCUCGAUAGUAGCAAGUACACGUGCUUAAUCGCUGACAUGUUCUUGGGUUUUACGAAGGAACUGGCGGAUAAGUGGGACGUGCCAUGGUACAUGAUGAUUUCAACAAACACCUCUUUUGCCCUCCUGAUGCUGCAAGGGCAAGCUGCCGUCGAGGGCGGAUGGCAUCCCAACGAUCCAGUGAAGAAGAACCGAAGUGUCGAGCUGAGAGGAUUGGAAAUUUUCAGAGCGGGUGAAUUGCCCGACGGUUUGAGUGACGAUCCUGACUCGUACUGCUUCCAUGCGAUCGGAACAAGGACUGCUGCAGGACUACUCAUCAACACUUUUGAAAGUCUGGAGAAACAGCAGCUGGACACACUCCGUAGUCAGCUCCAGGUCAUGGCACUGGAUGGCAAGGUUCCCAAAGUCCUGCCGAUUGGUCCUUUGCUACUCCUUCCAAGCUUCUCUCAGAACAGAAGAAGAAAGCAGAAUUCAUCCGAGAUGGACCCAGCCAUUCAGUGGCUUGACUCACGGUCAGAGUCCUCUGUGCUCUAUAUUUGUUUCGGCAGCUAUAGGGACAUACCUACGUAUUAUAUUCGGGAGCUGGAGCGCGGUCUCCUGUUAGUCGAUAUUCCUUUUCUCUGGGCUCAGCGACUUCCUCCCAAUAUUCUGAAAGCCGAUGUCUUCUCUCCCGAUUUCGAAUCCCGAACGAAGGAUCGAGGCCUACUCGUAACAGAUUGGGUGCCGCAGCGGGAAAUUCUGGAUCAUCCUUCCACGGGUGGGUUCCUGUCCCAUUGUGGCUGGAACUCAAUAUUGGAGAGCGUUCUUUCAGCCGUUCCCAUCAUGGCAUGCCCCUUGUAUGCGGAACAAGCCAUGAAUUCAAGGUUCAUUGUGGAUGUCUUGGAAAUGGCUGUGGAGGUGAACCGUUCGGAUGAGCUCACUGGGGAGGAGGUUGCAGCUGCAGCAGUUACUAUCAUGACAGGUGAACGAGGUUCUCAAAUUAGACAGAGGAUGUUAAAGUCGAAGAACGCAGGACACGAAGCUGUGGCUGAGGGUGGGAGUUCUCAUCGAUACUUUGAAGAAUUCUUGGCCGAUAUUUCAAUGAGAUAAUCUGAGACUCUGGAAUAUUUUUUUCAUCAGAAGAUAUCACUCUGUCACCAGCUUCCAGGCCCACCAACUUCAUCAUUUUCUUACUCUGUCGAAGGCAAUCGACAACAUGGUGGCAAAGUAUUUCGGUUAGCGAAAGUCUCAUUCGUGCUCUGAUCGUGCAGGCUUUCACGUGUAUAGAGGACUCGUUCCACUGUAAGCAUUUCACAAAAACAUCUCCUAGGUUAUAGUGGACAGGAAUUAGGAGAGCUUCUCAGCAGAUACUCUUACCCAUGAGACACUGUUCAAGCUAAUCCUAGGAUAAGCUUGAGCAACUAAUCAAGCUGAAACAUUUGAAACAAAAAUGAGCGUUUUGAUUAUUGUACAGUGGAUUAGUCUCACCCAUCUGUAAAAUGCUUUUUUUUACAGACUUUUAUAAAUGUCAGAGCAUCACCUGCCUUCGCAAUCAACAAGAUUGAUAACUUGG